AUGGAUUCUCUAAAAUCUAAAACAUCGACCAAUGCACUGUUAACAAAGGAGGUCAAUUCCUCCAAUCAACCAACCCACCUUAUUGUUCACACUACAGGAGAAACACCUUUGUCUAAACGCUCUCUUUUUUUAAUCCAGAAACUUUUUGAGUCGACCAUUGGGCACCUUAAAAAAAUCCAAAAAUUGAGGUCAGGAGAUCUACUUCUGGAAACAGCCUCCCCUCAACAGUCAGAAAAACUUUUGAGAAUGAAGUCUCUAGGAGACAUACAAGUCACCAUCACACCACAUACAAGUUUGAACUCUUCACGUGGUGUGAUAUCUGAAAUUGAUCUGAUGUCUGAGGAUGAAUCAGAUAUCCAGAUUGGUCUUUCAGAUCAAGGUGUUACUGCUGUUCAACGCAUUUCCAUUAGUCGAGAUGGCAAGUUAAUUCCUACUAAACACUUAAUUUUAACCUUUAACAAACCAACUUUGCCAUCUGCUAUCACAGCAGGUUAUCUGCGGUGCCCAAUUCGUCUGUAUGUUCCAAAUCCGCUGCGUUGCUUCAAAUGCCAGCGAUUUGGACAUUCACAAACAUCCUGCCGUGGGAAAAGCACAUGCGCACAGUGUGGAACUGAAGGUCACGAGAGUACCGAGUGCACCAAUAAUCCAUGA